AUGGAUUCAUACGAAAGUUAUGGCUCCCCGGGCAGAAAGCGCGAAGCAGAUUCAUUUUCCGGGCGAGGACCGGGUGAGUACCGACGCCGAUCGCCGGCCUCACAAGAUCGGCGCCGAGGCCGCGGCCGCUCCCGGUCACCCAUGAUCGACCGCUAUGAGCCAUCUGACCACACUCGCCGAGAAGAUUUUUACAACAACUCUCGCGAACAUGCCGCUCGCGAGCGCGAAGAUCGUCGACGCCCGCCUUCUCCUAACAUUGCCAAUAUUGAUCGCUAUGUGCCUGGCCAGGAUGCGGGCAAACGGCCGCUGCCUACCAACCCGCUUACCAACCCACUCAGCCUCGAUUUCCAGGCGGGCUUCAAUUUCUUCGCGGAAUGGUGGAGGGCUGAACAAAAGGUCAAUGAGGAAAAGGAACGAGCGAAGAAUGGCGGUCGUCACCCAUCUGAUCGGGUCAAAGGAGAGCGUGAGGCCCGUGAUGAUCGAGAGAAGGAGCGGUCGCAGAUUCAGGAAGCCUAUGAUGCAUACAAGGUGGAUCUCCAGGUCAAGCUGGCCCGUCAAUUCGUCCAGCAGCACCGGAACGAGGAGUGGUUCAAGGAGCGUUAUGUGCCAGAAGUGCGAGACCCGCUCCGAAGCCAAUUCAUGCAAUUCCGUAAGGGGGCUUACGACCAGUGGGAACGCGACAUCAGCGCGGGUACGUUUGACGAUUUUACCCUGGAAGGUAUCUACAAGAAUGAAAGCGACGGCGCCGGUGGUGUGAUUGAGAAGGAGGAAGGUGAAACGACCGCGGCGGGUGAGACAAUGGGUGUUCUCGACUUGCUGCCUGUCCGAGGAGGCGAACUUCGCGAUGAAGCCCUUUCUCAGCCUACUUUGCUCAUCAAAACACUGGCACCAAAUGUCUGUCGCGAGAAGAUUGAGGAGUUCUGUAAGGAACACCUUGGAGAGAGUGACGGUGGUUUCAAGUGGCUCAGCCUCAGCGAUCCCAACCCGUCUAAGAAGUUCCACCGCAUGGGUUGGAUCUUACUCCACCCUGCGACUGAAAAUGCUGUGGUGGAUCGAGGAGACGGGCGCGAGGAAGAGGGCGAGCUGGACGCCAAUGCUGGCCAAACUAUUGGCACCGCCGAAAAGGCCCUAGAAGCGAUUAACGACAAGACCAUUCAUGACCCAAUUCAUGGGGACUUUGUAUGCCAUGUGGGUGUGCAUGUUCCUCCCUCACAGCCGCGGAAGAAGGCACUUUGGGACCUGUUCUCCGCGCCCGAGCGAAUUGAAAGGGAUCUUGAUCUUGCUCGCCGAUUGGUUUCCAAGCUUGACUCUGAGAUGGGCCAGGGUGUGGACGGAUUCGCCAAGAUUGAGGAGCGUGUCGAGGAUUUGCGCGGCAAGGGCUGGUUGCAGCCACCUGUUACUGGACCGGUGAACAUCAAGAAUCAGUCCAACGGACACGACGAUGACGGCCAUGACGAGGGUGAGAUGGAGGAGGGGGAAGAGAAGGAGACUUCCGAAGACGAUGAAGUAGAUGACGAGGAACUCCUGGCAAAGAAGAAAAAGCUUGAUUUAAUGGUUGAAUACCUGCGUCGAGUCCAUAACUUUUGCUUCUUCUGUGUAUUUGAGAGUGAUUCAGUUCAUGAAUUGGGCCGCAAAUGUCCCGGCGGACAUCUCCGUCGCCCACGCUCUGGUCUUUCUAACCAAGCUAAGCAAGUCGCGCGCGCUACUGCCUUGGGACAGCCGUAUCCAGUCAAGAUGAAGGACCCCAGUGAAGAGGGUGAAGAACGAGGCUCUCCGGUUGCAGAGAAGCGGCCACAGCGACCCAGCAAAUCCGAGGGGCAACUACAACGCGCAUUUAAAUGGGUUCAAACCUUCGAGGAUAAGUUGCUGCAGAUCCUGGAGCCUGAGAAUGCUGACCUACGCAAGCUGGGAGGAAGGCCUGUGGAGCAGGCCUUGGAAGAUGAGUUAUCCAAAUAUGUCAAGCAAGAGGAUGACUCGCGCUACCGUUGCAAGGUGCCCGAAUGCACCAAGCUAUUCAAAGCCGAGACCUUCUGGCACAAGCACAUUGAGAAGCGUCAUGCAGAUUGGUUCGACAGCAUCCAACGAGAGCUGUCUCUUGUAAAUUCAUAUGCUUUAGAUCCAUCACGCAUUCUUCCGUCCCGGUCUGAUGCCAACAGCAAUGGCCAUUUCCCCAUGGCUGGUGGUGGUCAGAGUGGUACUCCACGUGGCUUCAGCCUUGCCAACGUGCCUUACAUGGGCAAUCCCGGUGCCCUCACUGGGUUCCCCGCAGCUGGAAUGGCCGGUUUUGUCGGCCCUACCCAUUCCUGGAAUGGAAAUAUGCUCAUGUCAGGCGACGGAGCCAUGCACCAGCCAGGAGUAAUGCGUCGUGGUCCCCACCGUCACAACAAUCGCUCCGGGCCAUAUGACCGUCGCCGAGGCUACAAUGGCGCCAAUGGUCGAUUAAGUCCCAUCCGGAUGGGCAACAUGUACGGGCCAGGUGGCCGUCUCCCUCCAGCUGGAAUCAGCGUCCCCCCUGGUCACCCGGCUGCCAACAUGGUUGCCGGUAACAACCCUUUCCCUGAUGCGGCGGCUGGUGGUCCCAUGGCCAUGCCUCCGCGGGAGUCGAUCCAGGGCCGCAGUUUGAAGAGCUACGAGGACCUGGAUGCGGUGGGUGGGUCCGGCAGUGGCGAACUGAAUUAUUAG